AUGACGCAGGCUUCCGGACAUGAUGCGCCAUCAUACAACCCAGAAAAAUCAUCAAAAAAGCAGGGUGCUGACUCUGAUCGAGUCGCCCAUGAAAGAGCAGCGGAAUCGCAACCACCAACCAAAAAGAAACAAGCGACUCGGCGCAAGGUGAACAUGGCUUGCAUUUACUGCCGUCGGAGUCAUAUGACUUGCGAUGAGAACCGACCUUGCCAACGCUGCAUAAAGCGCGAUAUCGGACACUUGUGCCGGAACGAGGCCACGCCCCAGAAUGGUAACGGUGCAAGAAACCGCGCUGGACGGAAGCAGGCCGAGACAUCAUCCCCUAACACGAUGAUAUCACCGUAUGCUCUUGUCAACAUGGGCCAGAUGCCACCAGCACACCGCGAUAUUCUUCCAACAUUAGAACUGGAGCGGCCGCCCGUGGCAGGACCAAGCAUUAUGACACUUGAUCACGAGUUGAAUCCACCAUCGCAUGCAUCGGCGUCACUCCCUCAAGACACUUUGCCAGCACCGCCACUCGAAAGUAGCAAUAGUUUUGAUGGUGGCUUGUCCUCCUUUGACAUGAACUUAGGUGGCUCGUCCGCAGGGGUUUCCCACAUAUCCUCACAGAAACCUAAGCGCAAUGGCCCCGACUCGUCAAUGCCUUUGUUGCAUCAACUCAAGACCUUUACAUCGUCGGCUCCCAGCAGUACCGCAGGCGUUCAUGCCGAUGCUUUCACAGACCCUGUACCGUCGCACUCUGUAUAUGGGAGUGGCACGUCUUUGGCGGCACGCAUCACGCCAACAAAGCCAGAUGCCGGGAAGACCGCAGAUAUGCAUGGAUCACAGCUGGGUGGUACAGCUUGGCUAGGUCUCGGUGGCUCGUCGCAACACACAGGCGAUGCAGGCGGAGGCGGCGAGUUGGAUAUUUUGCAUGAUUUUCUUAGUUCAAUCGACGAUGGCAGCGGCGCGAUGGCACCGUCGAACGAACUUGUACAUCUGCCUCUGAAACCUGAUGUACCUCCAACAAUGCAGACCACCUUGCUCUCACGCGAUGGAUCAGGUGCUUUGGAUCCUCCAAAUAGCUCUACGCUACCGUCUUCCACUACAUUUAGUCCCCAGGACAAGAUGGAGCUUAUUGCAGGAUCUCCGCCAAGGAGUACAAGUUCCGUGCCUCUACCGUCGCUGGCGCAAGGCUACCCGUUUCAGCGACAGCAGCUGCAGCGUCGAAAUUCAUUUGAAGCAGCUGAUCAAAAAAGAAACGACAUACACCCGUCAGAUGCGACACUGCAUUCUUCUGACAGCAUGUCAAGCUCAACUCCGAAUCUGUCAGCUGCCAUGGGCGGAGAAAACCGGUCUGAUAUUGAUUCAACAUCGUAUCAUUUCCACUCGCCAUCCAAAGCUGCGUCCAAGACCGAACAGUUCUUGUUAACUGCUGCUGAUCAGAAAGAUGGAAGUCGUGACGAGCGUCUGCAACAGGUAAUCCGGGCCAAAUGGGAGGCAGGUCUGCUGCGUCCAUUCAACCAUGUGAAAGGUUAUGCGCGAUUGAAUCAGUGGAUGGAAAACAACGUAUCUCCUUCAUCUCGGCGGCGAAUCCUGAAACCGCUUUCCGUGUUCAAGCCUGUCUUUAUCACACUGUCGAAAAGUUUAACGAAUUUCGACUUGAUUUGUGUGGAAGAGGCAUUUGAGCGGCUCUUGCUCGACUAUGACCGCGUCUUUUCGAUUCAAGGUAUCCCUGCAUGUUUAUGGCGUCGAACAGGCGAAAUCUACAAGGGUAAUAAAGAAUUUGCCGAACUGGUCGGUAUGCCUAUCGAGUCGUUACGCGAUGGACGACUAUGCAUAUACGAGCUCAUGACAGAAGAAAGUGCAGUGAACUACUGGGAAAAGUAUGGCUCUGUCUGCUUCGACUCGAGUCAGAAGGCGGUGUUGACGAUGUGCACAUUGUUAACGCGGAACAAGAGUCUGAGACAAGCCAAUCAUCAAACCAGCUCGCCUUCUGAUGAAAAUGAACCCUCGCCUCAUACAACUGAUACUGACAGCUCAUACACGCAAGCAUCGUCUGGUAGAACGAUCUCGCGUCCACCAGCACACAUAUUAUGCUGCUUCAGCUUUACGAUUCGCCGCGACAGGUGGAAUGUACGUGUGCUUCUAGUGAUGAAAUUAGCGACUUUUGACAUACUGACACGCUUUGCGCACUGGUUUUCGCUACCUUGA